AUGGACAAUCUGGAGAAAUUAAAUAAAGAUGAUCCCGAGUUAGAUUUAUCUCAUGCUGUUGAGCUGAAACUGGCAUAUCCAUACACAAUUUUCCACAAAUUUGAAAAAUUACAACUAGUUAUCAUACUAAGUCUUGUUGGAUUUUGGAGUACUGUUAGUUCACCAAUUUAUUUUCCCGCACUACCUACAUUAACCGAGUAUUUCCAUACUACAGAAGACAUUAUUAAUAUUUCAGUUGUAUGUUAUCUCUUGCUCCAAGGGAUCACACCAACUGUAUCGUCAAAUCUAGCUGAUACAUUCGGAAGGCGACCAGUUAUCUUGGCGAGUAUUUUAGUUUUCAUUGCUGCAUGUAUUGCUCUUUCGCAGACAAAUGUAUAUUGGUUAUUGGCUGUGCUAAGAUGUAUACAAGCCGCUGGUAUUGCACCUGUUAUUGCUAUAAGUUCAGGUGUUUCUGGUGAUGUUUGUACGCCGGAAAAUCGAGGUAGUAUGGUUGGUACAGUAUCAGGAUUGCAACUAUUGGGUAAUGGUCUUGGUGGGUUGAUUGGUGCAGCAUUAAUCAGUGGGUUUCACACUUGGAGAUCGAUCUUUGUGUUUUUAGCCAUUGGUGGUGGAGUAACUUUUGUAUUGGCAUUCUUCAUCCUUGCUGAGACAUCAAGACGCAUUGUUGGCAAUGGAACAGUUAUGCCCAAAAACCCUAUUCAUAAAUCAAUGACCAUCUACUUACCCUCAUUUCAAAAGAAAAUGACUAAUGAUUACGUUACUAUUGCACAUAAAAAGCCAUUUGAUAUUUUUGGACCAUUUCGCAUAUUUAUUCAAAAAGAAAUCUUUUUGACUUUAUUACCUUCAGGUUUACAUUUUGCAGCUUGGACAAUGGUGUUAACUUCAUUAUCAACUGAACUAGAAUCUUCAAAGUAUAACUAUAGUGUCAUGCAUGUGGGUUUAAUCUACCUUCCACAAGGUAUUGCUUGUCUUGUUGGUUCUAUGUCUGUUGGCCGAUUUAUGAACUGGUAUUAUAGAAGAUGUAAAGUUGCUUAUAACAAACAAGUGGAGGAUAUACCAUUGGAUCAAAGACCCCCAUUCAACCAAGUUGCAACUAGAUUAACUCUAUGUGUCGCUCCUGCCGCAUUAAUGAUUAUAGGGUUGGUGAUAUUUGGAUGGUGCAUUCAGUACAACAGACAUAUAAUUUCAAUUAUUAUAUCCACCAUAUUAAUUGCAUUUUCUUCAUCGGUAUUUAUUUCAAUUUGUACUACCUUGUUAGUUGAUUUGCAUCCAGGUCAAGGCAGUGCUUCCACCAGUUGUUUGAAUUUGAUGAGAUGCUGGUUGGCUGCUUUAGGUGUAGGUGUGUUGGAUAGGAUGAUUGGUGCCAUGGGAUUGGGAGGUACUUAUACGUUGGUGGCUGGGUUUUGCCUUUUGUUUGAUUUGUGUCUAAUAUAUGUUCUUCACUCAGCUAGUAAAAGAAUUAAACAAGGUCAUUAA